AUGUUAUUUUUAUUCAUUUCUUUUUUCGCUUUUAUUUCUCCCGUGAUUCUCUCUUCCACACUCUUUCUUUCUUUCUUUCUUUCUUUCUUUCUUUCUUUCCUUCUUCUUCUUCUUCUUCUACAUUUGAUAUUAUUUACUUAUUAUGCCGCACUAGUUAAUAUUUAUUUCACUUUCUGUUUCUUUUCCCUUAACAAAAUUCCUUUACUCCAUAAACAAGGUCUCCCCGGAAAAGAUCAAUCAGGAAAUGACAUAUUUUAUCAUUCUCAUAAUUAUUCUUCCUUUCUGACUGUCUGGUUUCAUUCAUUCGUUCGGUCAAUCUUUCUUUUUUAUCUAUCUUUCUUUCUUUCUUUCUUUUCUUUCUUUCUUUCUUUCUAUUUUUCUUUCUUUUUUUUCUUUCUUUUUUUCUUUUCUUUUUCUUCUUUCUUUUCUUUCUUUCUUUCUUUCUAUUUUUUUUCUUUCUUUUCUUUCUUCUUUUCUUUCUUUCUUUCUUUUCUUUUCUAUCUUCUUUCUUUCUUUUCUUUUUCUUUUCUUUCUUUCUUUUUUCUUUCUUUUCUUUUCUUUUUCUUCUUUCUUUCUUUCUUUCUUUCUUUUCUAUUUUUCUUUCUUUCUUUUCUUUAA